AUCCCCCCAAACAAUAGAAGUUUCCCAAGUAACACUACAACUGAACAUUUGACAUGUAAAAGCUUCCAAACCAGAACUACUAUGAGACUCAGCUCCCUGAUCCAAAAGAAAAGGUAAGUUCAAUCCAAACAAAAAGGUGCAAGGAUCAACGAAUCGAAUCCAACGAUGCAAACAGAACUCAAUUCGGAGCAAGUUGGCCUGAAAGUAGAAGCUAGAGUUGAGAAUAUUAACGAAGUAUGGAGUGUGUUGCAGGCUGGAAGCAGUGCACUGGCUGUGGGAUCCAACAAUGUGAAUGAGCAUAGUAGCCGUUCUCACUGGAUUAAGUCAUCCCUUAACAGACUUACUUCUCAAGUAAAAUCCAACUCAAUUGAUUUUCUUGUUGUUAUUGAGCCAAUUGUGGCUCCAAAUAAGUUGGACUCCUACAUGUUUAAGCUAGGCUUCACGGACUCCUGGGAUGUUCUUAACAACAAGGAUUCUGAUGCCGACACCAUUCGAGGCAUUAUAGAUUUGAAGAAAAGGAUGGAUGGACUUGAAGUGAAGAUUGAUGAAAUAAAUAAGUUGUUGGUGGAGGUUCUUAUGAAGUUGAAUUCAACCGAUGUGGGAAGGCAAAAGUUAAAUGGCCGAAGGAGAAGAUCUGUUAGAAGUCAGAGACAGAAGAGAGAAAGGACAAAGGAUGUAGUGUCAACUGCAAGUGAUGGAGAGAGUGAGGAGGAAAAAGAAGAGGCUUCUGAGGAAGAUGUGGAGGAGUCAGAAGAAGUAGAUGAAAGCGAGGAGGCUGCUGAGGAAGAUGAGGAGAAGACUGAUGUUAAGGAAGAUGAGGAGGAGACUGCUGCUGAGGAAGAUGAAGAUGAGACUUGGGAAAAUGAGGAGGAUACUGUGGAAAAUGAGGAGGAGACUGAGGAGACUGGGGAAAAUGAGGAGGAGACUGCUCUUGGAGAGAAUGAGGACAAUGCUGCUGAGCAAAAUGAGGAUGAGGACACUACUGUUGAGAAGUCUCACAAUGACAAACCCCAAGACAACAUGACUAAUACUCUUAAUUCUCAAGAAGCUCUUUUACCUCCAUAUGAGGCUCUUCCAAUUCCAAGUGAUACACAUAUGGGAGAUGACAUGGAGGGUGAUGAAGUAGAUGAAGCCAAGCUCUUGAUGGAAUUGACUUUCAAAAAGGCUAUUAUGGACAAUAUGAUGGAAGUUCUCAAUGGGAUAGAGUGCAAGAACAUCACUGUUGUUGGACCAGUGUUUGUGAACCACUUACUACGUAUGAAUGCCGAUGAAAGAGUUUGGUCUAAGGAUAAGUUCUUAAGCAAGUUUGAUUGGUCUGGCGUUGAAAAGCCAGGUACUAGGUAUUACAGACGAUCAUAUCAAGCCAUUUCUCCUAUUCACCAUAAUCCGAGCUUGUGGCCAUCGGAUCAUUUCGUUUCGAUUCCAGUUGUUCAUGCUCUAUUGACAUUAUUUUGGAAUGCAGAGAUGAGUUUCGCGAAGCCAGAGUACGAGUUCCUCAAGGAGAUCGGAAUCGGCCCCAGAAAUCUCGGUUGCUACGUCAACGGGGCGUGGAAAGCUAGCGGCCCUACGGUCUCCUCUGUAAAUCCUGCCAACAACGAGACAAUAGCCGAAGUUGUUGAAGGUUCAAUAGAAGAUUAUGAAGAAGGCAUGAAGGCUUGUAAUUCUGCAGCGAAGCUGUGGAUGCAGGUCCCUGCACCAAAAAGAGGUGAUAUUGUUAGGCAGAUUGGUGAUGCACUCAGAGAAAAGCUUCAAUACUUUGGCCGACUUGUUUCACUUGAAAUCGGGAAGAUACUACCUGAAGGAAUUGGGGAGGUUCAAGAAAUUAUUGACAUGUGCGACUUUGCUGUUGGAUUGAGCCGACAACUGAAUGGAGCAGUCAUACCAUCAGAACGUCCCAAUCAUGCCAUGUUGGAGAUGUGGAAUCCUCUUGGUAUAGUUGGCGUGAUUACCGCAUUCAACUUUCCAUGUGCAGUUCUUGGUUGGAAUGCAUGCAUUGCCUUAGUAUGCGGCAACUGUGUUGUCUGGAAAGGUGCUCCAACCACGCCAUUGGUAACAAUAGCAUUGACAAAAAUUAUCACUGGAGUGUUAGAGAAAAACAAUUUGCCUCGAGCAAUUUUCACUGCUUUUUGUGCGGGUGCGGAAAUUGGUCAAGCCAUAGCAAAAGACACACGAAUCCCUCUAGUAUCAUUCACUGGUAGCUCAAAGGUCGGUCUUUCAGUACAGCAAACAGUAAACCAGAGGUUUGGCAAAUGCCUACUUGAACUAAGUGGUAAUAAUGCCAUAAUAGUCAUGGAUGAUGCUGACAUUGAACUUGUGGUUCGCGCUGUUGUGUUUGCUGCGGUAGGAACUGCUGGUCAGCGUUGCACAACUUGCCGUAGACUGCUUCUUCAUGAAAGUAUAUAUCAGAAAGUAGUUGAACGUCUAGUUGACGCAUACAAGCAAGUCAAGAUAGGGGAUCCUUUAGAAAAGGGAACUUUACUUGGGCCACUGCAUACACCUACUUCAAGGGAGAAUUUUGAGAGGGGCCUUGAGAAAAUAAAAUCUGAGGGAGGCAAGAUCCUUACAGGUGGCUCAGUUAUUCCAUCUGCAGGGAACUUUGUGCAGCCAACAAUUGUAGAAAUAUCUUCAAAUGCAAACGUAGUGAAGGAAGAGUUGUUUGGACCGGUUCUUUAUGUUAUGAAAUUUAAGACAUUUGAGGAUGCAGUUGAAAUUAACAACUCUGUACCUCAGGGUUUGAGUAGUUCAAUCUUCACCAAAAAACCUGAAUACAUAUUCAAGUGGAUUGGUCCUUUAGGGAGUGAUUGUGGUAUCGUUAAUGCAAACAUACCAACAAAUGGAGCAGAGAUUGGCGGUGCUUUUGGUGGAGAGAAAGCUACCGGAGGUGGUCGUGAAGCUGGAAGCGAUUCAUGGAAGCAAUAUAUGAGACGCUCGACUUGUACAAUCAACUACGGGUCUGAACUACCGUUGGCACAAGGAAUCAACUUUGGUUAAAACAAAAUAUUCCUGGUUUGUCGAAACAUUUCUCAGGUUUCUUGCUUCAACACGAACAACCAAACUAUUCCUGGUUUGUAACCAUUCUAAUUUGCAGUCUUUGAAAUGAAUCGUUUGAAUGAUCACGCUUUCGUCUUUAUGUGCUAAAUAUAUUGAACAAAUCAGCCUCAAUAGUUCUCUUGAGGUACGAGUAAGUCUGUGUAUAUUUUCCCUCCCCAGACCCCAUUUCAUCCGACUUGAAUGGGUUUGUUGUUGUAGCCUCAAUUGUUCUCUUAAAAAGGUUCAAAAUAGAUGUCUUUGGGUUUCCAACUUCUUGUUGAAUUACAUUGUCUCUUCAUAUUUCUUUUAACAUCUAUUGUAAAAGGAAAGAAAAUAUUUGGUAUAUA